AUGCAGCAUUAAAGCCAAAGAUAUCAGGCUAAUAAAAGCUUAAAUGAAGACAUUCAGGUCAGGCCAAAGAUAAAACUUUAGAAAAUAGGUGUGAAAAAGAAUAAUUUGAUGGAAAGCACCAAUAAUAAUCCAUUUAAGAAUCAUUAGUAGAGUAUAAAUCAGUAUAAUGAGGAUUUAAAGUUUCAUCACCAAAAGUUGCAGUAAUAGCAAUCCCAAAAUUAGAUUAGAUCUGAAAAAGCAAAGUACAUAGAUCAAUCUCUUGACAUUAAUGUUUUCGAUAAAAGAAAACUAAGCAGAAUGUAAAAAAUUCCAUCAUUAGCAGACUAUGAUCAAGAAAUGGAAGCUUUAGAAUAGUAAUCUUUGACUACUGGCAAGAAUUCUUAACUAAAAAAGCAAUUUGGCCUGGACGAGCAUGACUAUCAAUUUUUCAACGAAUAAAAAGAGAUCAAUAUACGAAAAGCCAAAAAAUUUUCGAAAUUUACUUUACGAGAAUCAGUUGAAGCCAUGAUAGAAAGAAGAGAGUCAAUAGAAAAAAAGAAUUAAGAAAGGCUACAGAUGAGUAUUGAUUAUGAUGAUACAAUUAAUAUAACUAUGAGACAGUUAUAGAAAAAGCAAGAAUCUAUAAAAUUAGGAGAAGAUGUGCUCUAGUAACUUAAGAAUAGAAAUACAGAGGAUAAUAUAUACUUUCUGUAAAAGCAAAUUUAAGAGUUAUCACUUCAUCAGGGGCUUAAAAAGGGCUUUUCUUUCUCACAGGCUAUCAGAGAAAUUAAGAAAGAUGAUAAGAUGAGUACUCGUAAAAAAAGAGUCAGCUGGAAUGAAAGGAGAGUCAUUAUGCUGAACUAAUUCUUAUAAAAAUAUUAGGAGAAAUUCGCAGUAUAGAAGGUUAAUUUUAUGAAUAAACAGGAAUCUCUUAUAGAUUUUGAUCAGUUUUUGUAGUCUGAGAAAAAGACAGAUAUUAUGAAGGCUUUUAAAGAAUCAUUUAGGAAUAUGAAUAAUUAUUCAGGUUAGAAUAAUAACAAAAGUUUGAGUUUACUGUUAGAUGAUGAGGAGGAGAAAAAAGUAGAUCAAAUGUAUCAGUAAUUAUUUGGCAAGCAUAGCAAAGAGUCAAAGUCAGACAUAUAAAAUUUGAAUUAGAAGGAAUCCAGGACUAAAUUGGGACAGAGCGACUCUUAUAGGAAGUACUAAAUCAACAGUAUUUCUCGACUGUCAGUUGAUAACAGCAAUGCUCACUCUAAAGUUAGAUUGAGAACUUUGAAAUACGAUAAGAGCAUUGAGCAAAUCAGGAACAAUUGUAAGGAUAUCAUUGAUGAAUAUCAGAAUCUCAAUUAUCAAAUUGGGACUGUUGAGCAAUAGUUAGAAAAAGACAAUUAUAACAUAAGCUCCAAGAAUCCUUUCAGAAAGUAAAGCAAGAUAAAUAUUGUCAAGGCAUGA